AUGGGAAGAGAAUGGUACAAUGGAGGCAGAUCCAUUUGCUCCUCUAAAAGCAAGAGAAAAUCCAAUGAAGCUAAUGGCUGCAUCACUGCUCUUUACCACUUCUUUGAUUUCCACCAUUUUUACUUUCCUUCACGUCAUCAUCACCACCAACCUACCAUUGAUUCUUCCUCAAGAAAUCCAAAAGGCUUGGUAGCGCCACGAAACAGCUUGGAGUUAACAGAGAAGUCUCCACUAUCAACAAACUACAAGGAAAACAAAAGCUUGAACAUCCAUAUUGGCGGGACAGAGUCAAAACCUAGAGCAAUUCUCGUUGCUACAUCUUCUGAUAUCUGCAACUUACCUCGCACCAAGACACCAAACGUAGUGGCUAGACUCAUGGGUCUUGAUCUUCUUCCGGAUAACUUAGACCUGAAUACAUCAUCAAGGACUAGACAGAGACUCUAUGAGAACGUCUCAGGGACAAGAUCGUUACCCGUGAGCCCAAGAGUUUCCUCUGCUCGGAAAUCUGACUCCGACAUUCGUCGCCUCUCUCUGCAGCUAAACAUAGAGAAUAAGCAUGAAGAGUUUCGGUGUUGGAGGAUGAAAGAUUCGAAACAAGAUGAGCAAAGUCAGAGUCCCAGGAGAGCAGUGAAACAAAUAAAAGAGAAGGUCAUCCCCAGAAGAGUUGCUAUGGAUAUGACAAACUUGGUUGAGAACAGAAAGGCAGGAGCAGGACAGAACAAGACUGAGCUUAGAAAAGUGAGAAGCAAGUCUUCACAGAAGGAGAACAAAAUAAGCUCCAAUCCCACAGUUGUGUUCAAACAAGAAAAGAUCUAUCAGCAAUCAACAAAGCUGACACUUUCAAAAGAUUCCAAGGAGAAACUCAGACGAGUAAAUGAACAGACGGUGAGACCUAUGGACGGAUGGAAGAAAGCAGAUAGUGAAUCAAAGUUCUCCAUUCAUCAAACACCCAAAAAGGCCAUCAUCUCUGUAUCAACUCCCUCGAUACCUAAUCGAUGUGAUGCUUUAGAGAAGAAGAAAUGCAAGAAAAUCACAAAGUCAAAUGAUUUUCUCAACAUCUCUGUAGCAUCAUCAUUGGAACGUGCUCGGAAAAAGAUGAAAAGAGCUAAAGAACAAGAACGGAUUGCAGAUGCAACGAUUUACUCCGGUCAGAGGUACAAACACGAGGAGAAGCUUCCUCAAGAACCAACAAGUUCUAAUUUUGGCGAUUCGAUCACAGUUUCUGCCAACUUCCUCAACGCAAGAGGCACCGAGAUCGAUUUCAGACGUCUUCUGGGGACGAAGGAUCUUGGAGAGGAAGAGGAAAGGGUCGUCGCAGAGAUUGAGCGGCAUAUCGUAGACGCACUCGUGUUGGAAACGGUGAAAAUGCAGGCGUUUAGUAACGCUGUUUAG